CCCGACUUACCCUUUUAAUUCACUGUAGUUGUUGCUGUGCAUUGUGCAACUCCUCUUCCCCACGCUCUCUCCCUGCCUUUCUUUCUUCGUCUCCAACUCCAGCCCAGGGUUUCAGAGCGCCGUUCGCCACCACUCUCACCCUCUCAGCCGCGGCCGCGGCCGUCCUUCACAGAUCCAGAUAAUAAGUCAUGGCAAUGGAAGUCACCCAUGUUCUUUUGAGUGCACAAUCAAUAGAUGGGAAUGUACGGAAGCAAGCAGAAGAUAGUCUGAAACAGUUUCAAGAGCAAAACCUUCCUUAUUUCCUGCUAUCGCUCUCUGGGGAGCUAGCCAAUGACGAGAAACCUGCGGAUAGCCGUAAGUUAGCAGGUCUUAUUCUCAAGAAUGCAUUGGAUGCCAAGGAACAACAUAGGAAGGUUGAACUUGUCCAGAGAUGGCUAAUGUUGGAUGCUACCGUGAAGGCUCAGAUUAAGUCCUGUUUAUUGAAGACACUUUCUGCGCUGGAAGCUGAUGCUCGAUCUACUGCAUCACAAGUGAUUGCCAAGAUUGCAGGCAUUGAGCAUCCCCAGAAGCAGUGGCCGGAGUUGAUUGGCACACUCUUGUCAACUCUACAUCAGUUGCCAGCUCAUGCUAAACAAGCUACUCUGGAGACUCUCGGUUAUUUUGGUGAGGAAGUUUCUCCAGAUGAUGUGGAUCAGGAGGACGUGAACAAGAUUCUCACUGCUGUAGUGCAGGGAAUGAGUGGAACUGAAGUAAACAAUGAUGUCAGGCUUGCUGCUGUACGGGCCCUUCACAAUGCACUUACCUUUGCUCAAGCUAAUUUUAGCAAUGACGUAGAGCGUGAUUAUAUUAUGAGAGUUGUCUGCGAAGCUACUCAAUCAACGGAUGUGAAGAUCCGGCAGGCUGCUUUUGAGUGUUUGGUCUCGAUUUCAGCAAUGUAUUAUGAGAAGUUGGCCCCUUACAUUGAGGAGAUAUUUAAGAUCACAUCAAAGGCAAUGAAGGAAGAUGAGGAGUCGGUGGCUCUUCAGGCAAUUGAGUUUUGGAGCUCAAUAUGUGAUGAGGAAAUCGAUAUCUUGGAUGAAUAUGGGGGUGAUUUCAGUGAAGCAGGCUCUAGCAUACCUUGCUUUUACUUUAUCAAGCAAGCUCUUCCUGCUCUUGUUCCUCUCUUACUGGAGGCAAUCCUGAAACAGGAGGAGGAUCAAGAUCAAGAUGAAGGUGCAUGGAACAUUGCAAUGGCUGGAGGCACCUGUCUUUAUCUGGUUGCACGUACUGUAGGGGAUGAUGUUGUUCCGCUUGUAAUGCCAUUCAUUGAACAAAAUAUCACAAAGGAGGAUUGGAGACAAAGGGAGGCUGCUACUUAUGCUUUUGGCUCAAUCUUGGAGGGGCCAUCCAUAGAGAAACUGACACCCAUCAUUACCGUGGCUUUGAAUUUCAUGUUGACUGCCCUAAUGAAGGAUCCAAAUAACCAUGUGAAAGAUACCACUGCUUGGACUCUUGGUCGUAUCUUUGAGUUUCUCCAUGGGUCGACAAUUGAUGCUCCUUUAAUCACACAAGAGAAUUGCCAGCAGAUCAUUAUGGUUCUGCUUCACAGUAUGAAGGAUGCACCAAAUGUAGCUGAAAAGGCCUGUGGUGCCCUUUAUUUCCUUGCCCAGGGCUAUGAAGAUGCAGGGGCGUCCUGUCCUCUUACUCCUUGUUUCCAGGAAAUUGUGCAGUCCCUCCUCACUGCUUCUCACCGAGAAGAUGCAUCAGAGUCGAGGUUAAGGACUGCUGCAUAUGAAGCUCUGAAUGAAGUUGUGAGGUGCUCUACCGAUCAAACUGCACAUUUGGUUUUGCAGUUAGUUCAGGUCAUCAAGGAUGAGCUUAUUAAGAGCCUUGAAGGGCAGGCAAUUGUGUCAGAGAGAGAGAAACAGGGUGAGCUGCAGGGCCUGCUUUGUGGAUGUUUACAGGUGAUCAUUCAAAAGCUGGGAUCUUCAGAACAAACCAAGAAUGCCUUGAUGCAGCAUGCUGAUGACAUAAUGAGACUCUUCCUAAGCGUUUUAGGUUACAGAAGUGCAACUGUUAGUGAAGAGGCCAUGCUAGCUAUUGGAGCCCUUGCCUAUGCAUCUGGUCCAGAUUUUGAAAAAUAUAUGCCGGAGCUAUUCAAGUAUUUGGAGAUGGGCCUUCAAAAUUUUGAGGAGUAUCAGGUUUGCUCUGUCACGGUUGGUGUUGUGGGUGACAUCUGCAGGGCCUUGGAAGCUAAAAUUUUGCCUUACUGUGAUGGUAUCAUGACAGAACUCCUCAAAGAUCUAUCAAGCAAUCAGUUGCAUCGAUCCGUGAAGCCUCCAAUAUUCUCCUGCCUUGGUGAUAUUGCGUUGGCUAUAGGUCCAGAUUUCGAGAAGUAUCUAAUGUACGCCUCUCCAAUGCUCCAAAGUGCUGCAGAGUUGUCUGCACACACAGAAGGUGCUGAUGAUGAAAUGAUUGAGUACACGAAUGCACUGAGGAGUGGGAUUUUGGAGGCAUAUUCUGGAAUCCUUCAAGGUUUUAAGAACUCAACCAAGACACAGCUCUUAAUUCCUUAUGCACCACACGUGCUUCAGUAUUUGGACAGCAUGUACAAGGGAAAGGACAUGGACGACUUGGUGAUGAAAGCCGCAAUUGGGGUACUUGGAGAUCUAGCAGAUACGCUAGGGAGCAAUGCUGGUUCUUUGAUACAGCAGUCUCUUUUCAGCAGGGACUUCUUGAAUGAAUGCCUGUCAUCCGAUGAUGAAAACAUCAAGGAAUCUGCUGAAUGGGCCAAGCUAGCCAUCACAAAAGCCAUCUCGGUAUGAAUGACAAUGGAGGGAGGUUGCUGCUCGGCGAAUUGACGUGCUCUUUCCUUAAGAGAAGUCUUACCAGCAUUCGGUGUACCUGAGUAAUUUUUGCGGGUUUUCUCCAUCUAUCUGCUCAUUGAACAACAGUUUUCAGAUGAAUGUAGGCUAAUGGACAUCAGGUGUCUUCUGGUUUACAAGGUCCUUUUUCUCUCGUUGCUAGAUUUUAUCGUUUGGUUACUGGUCAAUAUGUCGGUCUCAUCCACCAUUUUAUUUUGCUUCUGAGUCUCUUUCGUGGUUAUGGCAUCAUUCAUUGUAGUUCUUUCUAUUUGGGUUUGCCUUCCAAUUGCAUGAAUAAAGAGUAAGGGCGCAUAAUAAAUCAUUGCAAAUCAACAGAGUUGUGCAGCUGCUACUAAGAAACUGCCUUUUUUUUCUGGGAUACAUCAUCUACCACUCUGACUCUGCUACUGCAACAAACAUACAGAAGUGGGGACGAAACAAUGCGUCUUUGAUCAGGUGAACUCUUCCUUCAAGUAAUCAGGUCCAGGCCUGAAAGGAUCAGAAACCUCGUAAGCCUCCGGCCGGUAAAACCCGGCAUCGUUCAUCCGGUUGCUGAGCACAUGAAG